CCGGGGCCGCUGCCUGUGUGGAAACACCGCGGCCUGCAGGAGGGGAGUCGAUAGGAGUCGCCGCGCGCUUGGGGACGAAGAUGCCCGGGGCCGGUGGGGGAGCGGACGGCCUUUGCGGUUCAAACCUGAAGAUGAUCACUGCUGGGCUGAGUCCUGGGACCAGUGCGUGGCUGGGCGGACCUGGAGUUUUACUUGGAGGUGUCUGUAUCGCUUAUUACAUCUUCAUAUAUUUUUCCUGUAAGAUACCUAAAGCUCUUUGUGGAAUGAAGCAGGUUGUAAGCACCCAGAACACACGGCAGUCAGUGGCACUCCACAAAGAUCUGGAACUCUGCUUUGGAAACUGUGUGACAUACUUUCUUCAGUGCCUCAAGACAGAGAACUCUCCUGGCAAACACCUUUCUGCCCUGCUUUACGAACUGACUGCUCCAGGGACCUCAUGCCUGAACGUGCCCCCUUCUGGAGUAUGCGCCCCACUCCUCUACAGCUCGCCCAGCCCCCACCACACAGAUUCUCCUUCAGCAGGGUCUUCAGUGAUGCGCCCCAUUAGGUUCGAUUCUACUGAUAUGUGUCGGAGAAUCAGGUCACUUGAUAAGUGAUCAGCACUGAGGCAAAAGGUAAGAUUGUGCAAGCCGACGGACAGCGGAUGGCCACGUUGCACUGGAAAUAAAACAUGUUGUACAACAUAAACCAAACAUUACUGAGUUCCCUGAGAACGUUGUGAACGAAAUUACCCAUGAGAGACAAAUUCAGAACUUUUCAUUAAGGCAGAUUUUACCUAAAAUGUAUGCUUCACAAAGCAUCACUCAACUACAGUGAAACUAGAUUCACUACUUCACAAAGAAACACAACUACAGGGAAACAAGCUUAACAGUUAAGUGUUAGAUUCGUUUUCGCUUGGCUUUUAUGAGAGAGGAAAAAAAACUAGUAUUUUUCAUACACUGCCAGCAGGAAAACCAUGUGCUUAUGCCAAAAAGCAUUUUUUGUGUACUGAUGAAGGUAUAUGUAAAUUCUAAUGUUUCUUCAACCAUGUGUAUUAAUGCAAGUAACCACCUUUUGUACUUUCACAGUAGUUACACUGAUGGGAAGAGUAUUAAGAAAACAAAAUGAGAAAACUGAGUAUAUUUCCUCAGUUACACACUAUUUUUUAUGUAAAUGACACAAGGGUUAAAGCCCAGGAGAAAAUGGUCUACAGGUCACUCUGCAUUUAAAUAACACUGCUUCCUCAGUUCUGUCUUGGGCAAAGUCCUCAGUAAUCCAGUGGUCACCUCUGGGGACAGGUGAUCACUCACUCAAAUGUGAGACCCCACCAUGAACAGCCUCCCCUCCAGGAGCCCUGCAUGUUUUGAUGGAAAUCUCUCUCAUUUAGGAAACCCAGUAGUCACUGUUGCAGUUACACUGUUGUUACACUGAAAGAGAACAUGCUAUCUUUCCCUAAAGGUUAUCAAGAUAACUCAUGUAAUGCUUUAAAAAUCCUGUGGGAAAACCGACCUCAGAGAAUGGCUUCUGUUGCGCUGGUUUCUGUGCUGCAGACGUGUUACCUACCUUGUCAUAAUAGUCUGCCUAUCUGGGCGCACAUCUAAUAAAAUCUUCAUUAUCUGGGGUUCAAAUCCCA